GGCAGUUCCGUGUUGUCUCGCGGAUGUACUUACUGUUAUUGUAGAAGUUACAUUGUUUAACCAUGUCUGGGUCUCAAGGAGUCACUGCUUUGUGCGAAAAUCCUAACGAGGUGUUUUUGGAUGUUUCUAAAUUGCUUAUUACAUACGCGGACAAUAUUCUUAGGAACCCAAAUGAGGAUAAGUACAGAUCAAUCCGUAUUGGAAACCCAACAUUCUCCAGCAAGCUUCUGCCUGUCAAAGGAGCAGUUGAAUGUCUCUUUGAGAUGGGAUUUGAGGAGGCUGAAACCCACUUGGUGUUUCCGAAGUCAGCAUCUGUGGAGAGGCUGAGGCAGGUGCGGGAGACUAUUGCCACUGAGAGAGACCAGAGGCUUGGUGUGAGCAAAGCUGCAUCCAACCCACAAAGUGCCAGAGUUCCUCCAAAUCCUGCUCCACCACCAGUACCCGUACCCUCCUCUCCUUCUGCAGGCCCUGCGUCUGCCACUGCAGUCCCUACGCCUGCACCAGCUGCUUUACCUUUCACUUCCAGCAGCGUGACAUUCUUUAGGACUGUACAGUCAAACUUCCAACAUGUGAUGAUAUACGAGAGCCCUGAACUGCAGCAGAAGGCACUGAACUGCAUACCUCAUGAAGUGCUCAGGUCCAGGGCUAAAGAACGCCUGAAACAAGCCGAGGAUGCAGAUCCAGCGUGUAGUUUAUGUGAGGAGGACAUGUUAGUUCUAGACCUGUUGCAGUGGUUCAAAGGGGACUUCUUUUCCUGGGUGGACAGUCUGCCAUGUAGCCGGUGUGGAGGUGGAACCCAGCCUUCUGGAUCCCUCCCCCCCUCAAGUGAUGACCUACGCUGGGAUGCAGGCCGUGUAGAGAACCACUUCUGUCACACCUGCCAACUCUCCAAUAGAUUCCCAAGGUACAAUAACCCAGAGAAGCUUCUGGAGACCAGGAGAGGGCGCUGCGGGGAAUGGGCCAAUUGUUUCACACUGUUCUGCCGAGCCUUAGGCCUUGAGGCCAGAUAUAUCUGGGACAGCACAGAUCACGUGUGGACGGAGGUGUAUUCUCAGUCACAGCAUCGCUGGCUACACUGUGACCCUUGUGAGAACACAUGUGAUAAACCCCUCCUGUAUGAAGUCGGCUGGGGGAAGAAACUCUCCUACAUCCUGGGCUUCUCUAAGGACCAGGUUGUGGAUGUGACGUGGAGGUACUCCUGUAAACACCCAGAGGUCCUUUCCAGACGCACACAGGUUCAGGAGACAUGGCUGCUUCAUACGAUUAACAAGCUCAAUGCUGCGAGGCAGCAGUCUCUGGGAGAAGAGAGGAAGAAGCAGUUGUUGCAAAGACUGUUGGUGGAGCUGGUAGAGUUUAUUUCUCCCAAGACCUCUACAUCUGGAGAGCUGGGCGGUCGGGUCUCAGGUUCUCAGGCUUGGAGAGCAGCUCGAGGGGAGACUGGUACAAGCAACUCUAAAGGGAAUGCACAGGAAUGUGUCUUCAUUCCUUCCGAAUCUGAGAAGCAAAACAAGUUUUUUCACAUUUGCUACAACAUGACCAAAGACUGUUACUUCAGACUGAGCAACGACCAAGAGACUAUCCCAGGAUGGCAGAAAGGUGCUUGGAGGACAGAAAAUAUCUUUCGGAAAGAGGAGCAAGACUGGCAGAUGGUGUAUUUGGCACGAACAGAGGGCUCUCCCUUUGGAAGGAUAAGCUGGAAAUUUAACUGCGCUCCAGUAGGGAUGAAGAUCAAGUCCACUUCAGUCCGAGCCUUAAGCCAGACCUUCCAUUCUGGCAGCGUGCGUUGGAGUUUACACUCCGCCGAGACCACCAUAGAGUUCCCUGGAGAUGGUGAACUGCACUCCUCAUCAACACUGUCUGGAGGGGAAGAGCUGAUUGUGGAGGCGGAGCUCACAGGAGGAGAGGGUGACGUGUCGUGGCAACACACUCAGCUCUUCAGACAGAGUUUAAAAGACACAGAGAAAGUUUUAUUUGAAAUUGUGGUUGAAAUGGAAGAGCCUUGAUGAGAGAUAAGCAUGUACAUAUCUAUCUUAUCGGCAUGUCUUCUUACUCCGCGCCAUGGAUGUUCUCUUUUAUUUGUUGUCUACUAGCCAGAAAUAUAUCUGGCCAGUAGAUGACUCUAGAUAACUCUGGCUAGCUGGUCGGUUCUGCAAAUUGAACUAAUGUGUCAAAUAAAUGUGAUUUUAGAUGUGACCAGAUUUGGAAAUGUAUAAUUCGGCAUUGUUCUUACACAAUAAUUUAUUUUUGAGAUUCAGGCAUUGCUGUUGUACAUUUUU